AUGCCAGCUUCUGAUAUCUCCUCAGACUCGGCAGAUAAGACGAAGGACGUCCAUGUCGUCACCUCGCAGCAGCUUGAUAUUGAGAAAAUCGAAGAGGAGCUCGAACAUGACGACUGGUCAUACCAUGAGGGAAAUGUCGAAGAGCUUGCCAAUUCUCCGUAUCCUGAAGUCCGUUCUGCAGUAACUCUUGAUAUCGACUUAAAUGUCAAACUUAACCACUGGAGAACGUGGACCUUGACAUUAAUCUUUGUUAUUGUUUUUAGUGGAGUCAAUCAGUUUUUCUCGUUGCGUUAUCCUUCGUUGUCGAUUGGUUUUAUUGUUGCACAGGUUGUCUCAUUCCCAAUCGGUAAGGCAUUGGCAAAGUUGCCGGCUUACAAACCAUCUUUCUUGCCGGAAUUCUUCAGAUUGAACCCUGGCCCAUUCUCUAAACAAGAGCAUGCCUUGCUUACAAUCGUGGUAUCCUUGACAUCUUCAACGUCCUAUGCCAUGAACAUUCUUAUUGCCCAAACAAACUUCUACAACCAGAAGUUGGGUGCUGGAUACAUGAUUCUUUUGGUGUUCUCAACCCAGCUUUUGGGAUAUGGUGCAGCCGGUUUGACUAGAAGAUGGAUCGUAUACCCAGCAGCCAUGGUUUGGCCCCAAACCUUGGUGACCACUUCUUUGUUCAGCACGCUUCAUUCCAGCAAGAAUGAUGUGCUCAAUAGACUUAAUGCGAACGGUUGGACAAUGUCACGGUACAAGUUCUUCACCUUGGUAGCCUCAUUCAGUUUUGUUUGGUACUGGCUUCCCGGCUACUUGUUCAAAGCCUUAUCCUACUUCAAUUUCAUUUGCUGGAUCUGGCCCAAAAACAUCGUGGUCAAUCAGCUUUUUGGUGUUGAAUCUGGACUUGGCCUCAUUCCUAUUUCGUUUGAUUGGAUAAUGGCAACACAAGCAACUGACACCUCACCAUUGGCCACGCCGGCAUGGGUUUCUGCCAACACUUAUGGAUCUGUUUUCCUCUUCUUCAUCAUUGUGUUACCCUGCUUGUAUUACACCAACACCAUGUAUGCCAAGUUCAUGCCAAUGAUCUCCACCACCACCUACGACAACACUGCAAAGAAGUACAAUGUGUCCAGGGUUUUGAAUGACAAAUUGGAGUUUUACGAGGAGGGAUACAAAAGUUAUUCUCCACUUUUUGUGCCAUUUUCCUACUUGCUCUCCUACGCACUCAACUUCGCUGCAGUUAUUUCACUCUUUGUCCAUUGCUACUUGUACCACGGCAAAGAUAUCGUGAACAAAUUGAAAGAUCAAAGACACGGGGGAGAGGAUAUUCACAAGAGAUUGAUGAACAAUUUUAAAGAGGCUCCCGACUGGUGGUAUUUGAUUUUACUUGUGAUCUCCAUUGCUCUCUCAUUUGCUUGUGUUUGUCACUUCCCAACCCAGCUUCCAUGGUGGGGACUUAUUGUUUCUCUUUUGAUUGCGUUUGUUAAUUUUCUUCCUCAAGGACUUUUGGAGGGUAUCACCAACCAGCACGUUGGACUUAACAUCGUCACAGAGCUCAUUGCUGGAUACAUUUGGAAGGGAAAACCGUUGGCCAACAUGAUGGUCAAGUUGUACGGCUUUAUCCCCAUGAGACAGGGACUUGACUUUUCGAGAGACUUGAAGAUUGCGCAGUAUAUGAAGAUUCCUCCAAGAACGCUCUUUUUCGCUCAGAUUAUGGGUACUUUGGUUGCAGGACUCGUCAACGUUGGAGUCCAGGAAUGGAUGAGAUCAAAUAUUAAGGAUAUCUGCUCUCCUAGUCAGCUGGAUGGUUUCAUUUGUGCCAACGGUCGUACCAUAUUCAAUGCUUCCAUUAUUUGGGGAGCAGUGGGACCAGCUAAAUUAUUCAGUCCAGGAAAGAGGUACAAUGCAUUCAUGUACUUCUUCUUGAUCGGUUUCUUUGCUCCAUUCGGAACCUUUUUCUUGAAGAAAAAGUUUCCAAGACACUGGAUCGGAAAGAUCAAUGCUCCAGUAUUCUUCACUGGUCCUGGAAACAUUCCUCCUUCCACCGUUUACAACUACUCCCUUUACUUCAUCAUCUCUUUUGGCUGGAACCAUUAUGUUAGAGAAUGGUUCAAGGCAUUCCAUGUCAAGUACACCUAUAUUUUGUCAGCCGCCAUCGACUCUGGAGUGUCCAUUAGUGCCGUAUUAAUUUUCCUCUGCGUGGCCUACCCAGUGGGCUCUCUCAGUUGGUGGGGUAACAACGUCUACCAAAACACCUAUGACGAUGCCUACAAGCCAUUCUAUAGAUUGGCUAAGGGUGAAACUUUUGGUCCUACAAACUGGUAA